AUGUUAACGUGUAAUCAAUCUGUCCCUUCGGAUCAGUACGAUGAUAGAAUGGAGGAGCAUUUGCGAUUUACUGAUUUUUAUCAUGCAUCUCAGAUUGGUAUAAUCCAGUGUCAGAAAGCACUCGUAAAAACUUUAGUCGAAAGCUGGCAUCCAGAGACACAUACCUUUCACCUUCCGAUUGGUGAAUAUGCUGUGACACUGGAAGAUGUGGCCAUGAUUCUUGGUCUUCCGACGGACGGUCUUCCAGUCACAGGGAUGACUAUCAGCAGUGCUGAAGCCUUAGAAGCGGAGUGUUUGCACCAAUUUGGGGUUGCACCGAGAAAGUCAGAAUGUAGAGGAAGCGGUAUAAAGCUUACGUGGCUACAGGAUCUAAAAGAACGGUUACAGUUGACUAACAAAGAAAGUAAACAGAGGUACGUGAAGGUCCACAUUAUGUUGUUGAUCGGUACGAUAUUGUUAGGAGACAAGUCGGGGGCAUCUGUGCACUGGAAGUUUCUGCUUUUACUUCAUGAUUUUGGUAGUAUCGUACAGUUCAGUUGGGGAUCGGCUUGCCUCGCACAUAUGUACAGGGCGUUAUGCAGGGCAUCGCGGUUUGACUGUAAGGAGAUCGACGAUUCGCUAACACUGCUGCUCGUUUGGGCUUGGAUGCGCCUGCCAUUUCUAGCGUCGGUUCCUAAGGAACCUCAAUCCAUUCCUGUUAAUGAAUUAAGCGAUAUUAGGUGGCGUAACUGGGAGCGUGGAGACCGACGCUUUAGGUAUAUAAAACUUGCUCACUUUAGGAAGGCUUUCGAUGAUCUUCAGGAAGGCCAGUUUGUGUGGGUUGCUUAUUCUGUGGAUCGAGUGGAUCCGGACAUAAUUCUUGCAGAGAUCUACAUACACUCAGUUGUGUGGAGUGCUACGGUGCCGUUGGUAUCUUUUGAAUACAUUGAGUAG